AGCUUCACACAAGUCAAGCCCAGCUGUGUCUGCAGGCAGGCAGCAUCGGCUACAUAACCACGCCGGGAGAGUAGUGCACUCAACACAUCUACUAUCGCAGACGUGUUUAGCUGUAGAAUAUGUCUACCUCACGGACAGUCAUAUGUUUGCUGAGAAACGACUUGCGUCUUCACGACAAUGAGGUGUUUCACUGGGCCCAGAGGAAUGCUGAACACAUCGUUCCCCUGUACUGUUUCGACCCUGGUCAUUACCUGGGGACAGCCAACUACAACCUGCCCCGUACCGGCCCCUUCCGCCUGCGCUUCCUACUGGACAGCAUCCAGGACCUCAGGACCAGUUUGAUACAGAGAGGCAGCACCCUGGUGGUGAGACGGGGCAGGCCACAGGAGGUGGUUGGUGACCUCAUUAAGCAGCUAGGUUCUGUUAGCGCUGUGGCCUUCCAUGAAGAGGUGGUGCCAGAGGACCAGCAGGUGGAGAGAGGAGUGAGGGAUAUUUGUUCUCAGAUGAAGGUUAAAGUUCACACCUGCUGGGGGUCGACACUAUACCACCGAGACGACCUCCCUUUCAACCACCUAUCCAGGCUGCCUGACGUAUACACCCAGUUCAGGAAGGCAGUGGAAACCCAGGGCAGGGUGAGGCCGGUCUUGCCCACCCUAGACCAGCUGAAGCCUCUCCCCCCUGGGUCAGGUCUGGAUGAAGGCCUCAUCCCCUCCCCAGAAGACCUGGAGCAGACAGAUACUGUGAGGGACCCUCGCUCUGCCUUCCCCUGCAGCGGGGGAGAGACUCAGGCCCUGGCCAGACUACAGCACUACUUCUGGGACACGGAUGCUGUGGCUACCUACAAGGAGACUCGUAACGGCCUGAUAGGACUGGACUAUUCCACAAAAUUUUCCCCAUGGUUGGCUAUAGGCUGUAUCUCCCCUAGGUAUAUCUACCAACAGAUCAAGAAGUAUGAGAGUGAACGAACAGCCAAUCAGAGCACAUACUGGGUAGUAUUUGAGCUGCUCUGGAGAGACUAUUUCAAGUUUGUAGGAGCCAAAUACGGAGACAGACUGUUUGACAUCAAAGGCCUUCAGGACAAAUCCAUCCCUUGGAAGAAGGACAUGAAUCUGUUCAAUGCAUGGAAAGAGGGUCGUACCGGGGUGCCGUUCGUUGAUGCCAACAUGCGAGAGCUGGCGCUGACGGGGUUCAUGUCUAACAGGGGUCGCCAAAACGUAGCCAGCUUCCUCACCAAGGACCUGGGACUAGACUGGAGGAUGGGGGCCGAGUGGUUCCACUACCUUUUGGUGGACCAUGACGUGAGCAGUAACUAUGGUAACUGGCUAUACAGCGCGGGGAUAGGAAAUGACCCGAGAGAAAACAGGAAGUUCAACAUGAUCAAACAAGGACUCGACUACGACAACAACGGGGACUAUGUUAGACACUGGAUCCCAGAGCUCAAGGGGAUCAGAGGGGGGGAGGUCCACGCCCCAUGGACCCUUAGCUCCGCCUCCCUGUCUCACGCACUGGUGUCCCUCAACGACACAUACCCUUCCCCCAUUGUCAUGGCACCAGAAUGGAGUCGCCACACCAACAAGAAGCCGACUGGUGCUGGGCCCUCGACCAGAGGAAAGACUGGUCCAUCCCACACCCCUAAACAACACAAGGACAGAGGAAUAGACUUCUACUUCUCCAAGAGCAAGAACUUCUGAUGGAGCAGACUGACUGAAAAGACUGAAAGAACUGUUGGGCUUCCGCAAGGAAAUGGUUUGACCCAUCCCCGCUUUGUAUGGGUGGAUGGUUUGACCCAUCCCCGCUUUAUAUGGGUGGAUGGUUUGACCCAUCCCCGCUUUAUAUGGGUGGAUGGUUUGACCCAUCCCCGCUUUAUAUGGGUGGAUGGUUUGACCCAUCCCCGCUUUAUAUGGGUGGAUGGUUUGACCCAUCCCCGCUUUAUAUGGGUGGAUGGUUUGACCCAUCCCCACUUUGUAUGGGUAGAUGGUUUGACCCAUCCCCGCUUUAUAUGGGUGGAUGGUUUGACCCAUCCCCACUUUGUAUGGGUGGAUGGUUUGACCCAUCCCCACUUUGUAUGGGUGGAUGGUUUGACCCAUCCCCGCUUUGUAUGGGUGGAUGGUUUGACCCAUCCCCGCUUUGUAUGGGUGGAUGGUUUGACCCAUCCCCGCUUUGUAUGGGUAGAUGGUUUGACCCAUCCCCGCUUUAUAUGGGCAGAUGGUUUGACCCAUCCCCACUUUAUAUGGGUGGAUGGUUUGACCCAUCCCUGCUUUGUAUGGGUGGAUGGUUUGACCCAUCCCCGCUUUAUAUGGGUGGAUGGUUUGACCCAUCCCCACUUUAUAUGGGUGGAUGGUUUGACCCAUCCCCGCUUUGUAUGGGUGGAUGGUUUGACCCAUCCCGCUUUAUAUCGGUGGAUGGUUUGACCCAUCCCCGCUUUAUAUGGGUGGAUGGGUUGACCCAUCCCCGCUUUGUAUGGGUGGAUGGGUGUGUGACACGUGGUUUUGAGAAGGUACUGCUGAGUGGGUGGAUGGGUGUGUGACACAUGGUUUUGAGAAGGUACUGCUGAGUGGGUGGAUGGGUGUGUGACACAUGGUUUUGAGAAGGUACUGCUGAGUGGGUGGAUGGGUGUGUGACACAUGGUUUUGAGAAGGUACUGCUGAGUGGGUGGUGUGAUACAGACAACUAUUUUGUUUCUGUUUUAUUGCCACUGUUUUUUUAUGUUUCAUAUGUUUUAUCAAUUUCUAUUGACUUGUUACAUCACAGAACCAUUUGAGGUAGUACCUGUAUUGGUUGUUUUUUACUCUCUACAAAAGCAGCCAUAUCUUUAUAAUGGUUCAUAAUAAACAUGUUGAUGCUGGUU